CUAAAGAUACCAAGGAAAUUAGCAACAACGAUUAACAUUUAUUAUUACCUGGACUGCAUCCACAUGGCGGCCAUUUUCUUUUGAUGUCACAUCCAGGGUGGGAAGCUCGAACGCUGGGCUGAUGUUGCAAGUCGUACAAACGUGGUGAAGUUUAUCAAAUAUGUUGCUGCACCGUGAAAUAUGUCCCUCCAGAUUUUCACUUUUUAUAGACUGGUCCAGGGAUUUUUGCAUGUCUUUGGAUUGUGGGUGGAAGCCGGACAACCUGGAGAAAACUCCACACAGACUACAAUCCAAAGGUCCGCACAGAACGGCACCGCCCCAGCCGGGUCUCCAGCUCAGGUUCUUCUCGCUAUUUCAGGCAAUCAACCGAAAACCCACUGACUUUGAGACAAGGGGAGCUGGAAAUGCAAAAAAUGCAAACAGACUUCUGGGUUUUAAGACUCAUUUACAGCCCUUGGAUGUCUUUCCAGCCACUAAUGGUGGUGAAAGUGGUGAAACACAACGCACCGAGACGUGAUGUCAGAGGAAAAUGGCUGCCAUUUGCAAAUGGUCUGUGCACGCAGCACGUCACAAGGAAUGACCACGUCUGUCACUCGAGCAAUGGGACGCUAACAUGCUAACCAAAGAAGCUGCACAGAAUAAACAGUACAGGCCCUCUGAUGUCGCAUUAGCAUGUUAGCAUCGCUUUCACGAGCAUCUGAGGAUGUUAGCAUGCUGAUACUGGCUCAGAAAACACAGAUUUAAAAACUAUACUACUCUGCGAUUAGGGUUACCAGAGUGUAAUCACAAUUAUUCUGACACUGUUAAAGGUGCUAUAUGCAACAUUUAGCAACAUUUGCAGAACAAACAAACAAAGUUCGCUAUCGUGCCGCCUCAAGCUGUUCGCUACUGACAGCAGAGAUGUUAACUCACUUACACAUCAGCUCCGACUACCAAAGCAAAGAGCGCAGAGAGCGGCUCGGAUGUAAACACGCACAGCGGUCAGGCCGCCAUCACUCCACAGCAUCUUUAUAUAGCACGUCGCUGACUGCUGCCAUGUUGGCGGUCCGACAGUUUCAUUCAUAGGAGCUUUAAAAUUUGAAACCGGGAAUCAGAAACAAAAAAAUGUCCUGACGUGAACCGGUUGAUGUGUGAGGGGGAACAUCUGAGAGUCCACUUCAGUGUCCUGGAUUUGCCCGAGAAACCUUAUCCCAACGCUUGUAAACACACACACACACACACACACGGGGGGGGAAACAGGGCAGCAGCAGUUCUGUCAAGCAGUUUGAGAGGAAGAUGGGAUGGUGAGAGGAGGGUGAAGGAGGGCUGAGCUGGCUUUCUCCCCCCCGCCAUGGACUCGGCAGUGAAACACCAAUCGGACCUCGGUGAAUCUCUCAGAUUCAUUGAUCUCAUAAAGAUAUUUGGCAGCGUGCAGAGACGUGACUGCUGCACGACGCUCUAACACACAUUCACAGGAGGAAAGUGUCGGAACGGUGGAACAAACUGAUCUAAAAAAAACAAAACAAAACAGGAAGCCGAGGAAAAGAAAUCCUAAAAUCUUCACCCUCAUCAUCAUCAAACUGCUCUCUCUCUCUUUCUCUCUGUCUCUUUAAUUCACUCUCUCACUCUCUCUAUAUAAAGUCAGUUUGAUUGAGUAUCUUUUUCGUUUGUGGGCUCAGCAACAGCCUCCCUCCUCACACACAGUCAGUCAGACACACACACACACACACACACACACACACACACACACACACCUCCCUGUAUGCGGCUGACUGAACCCAUGAAACACUCUGCAUGAGGCGACUGGUACUCCGGAUUCCUAUGAGCCUUCAUUUUGAGUGUCCCCUCCUUCAGAGUGUGAGGCGGACGGGCUCCCCAGUGGCUACGGAUCCAGGGACAACAUCCUCCGGCCCGGGGAGAAGAAGGACUGGAAACAAAUAAAACGGACUCGCAGCUCCAAGAGCUGGGAUUCGGGCCACGCCAGCACCGAGGCUGGCAAAGAGCAGCAGCAGUCUUCGUUUGGAAUCGGUGGAGGCGUCGCCAUGCGCUGCUCCACCUUGCUCGCCAUCCUCACCGGGGUGCUCCUGUACUUGGUGCUGGGAGCCGUGGUGUUCCGCGCCCUGGAGGCUCCGCGAGAGGAAGGCAAGCACAUGCAGCUGCAGAUCGCCCGCAGGGACUUCCUGAUGAACUUCACGUGUGUCGGCCCCGACAACCUGCAGGAUCUCAUAGAGGAGGUGGUGGAGGCCGUCGGUGCAGGUGUGGAUCCCAGCAGCAACCUCACCUUCGUCAGCCAAUGGGAUCUGGCCAGUGCCUUUUUUUUCUCAGGGACAAUCAUCACAACAAUCGGUUUCGGAAACAUCUCCCCCAAAACAGAAGGCGGGCAGCUGUUCUGCAUUUUCUACGCUCUGGUGGGAAUCCCGCUGUUUGGUAUCCUGCUCGCCGGAGUCGGAGACCACCUGGGUACUGGACUGAGGAAAACUGUAGCCAAAAUAGAGACUCUCUUCCUGAAAUGGCGAGUUAGUCCGACGAUCGUGCGGGUGAUCUCCGCCGUCCUGUCCAUCCUGCUGGGCUGCCUGCUCUUUGUCGCCGUGCCCAUCUUCGUCUUCCAGGAGGUGGAGAAGUGGACUCUCCUGGAGUCGGCCUACUUUGUAGUCAUCACCCUGACAACAGUGGGGUUUGGAGACUAUGUUGCAGGGGACUCUGGACUGGCGGGCAGUGACCACUGGUACAAGCCUCUGGUGUGGUUCUGGAUCUUGCUGGGUCUCGCCUACUUUGCCUCCAUCCUGACGAUGAUUGGGAACUGGCUCCGGGUUCUAUCCAAGAAGACCAGAGCCGAGAUGGAGGAACUUCGAGCUCACGCCACCGACUGGACUCAGAACAUCCAGAACAUGUCGGUGGAUUUUCGCAUUCCAGGAAAAAUCGAUGACCCCUUCAAACGUCGUCGGAGAAAGCGCCGCCACGGCACUCGCAGUCAGGGUCACAGCGUGUCAGCUAACGGGGCCGCUGUGGGGAAAGAAGACCAGAAUGUGAGUCAGACCGGGUCUGAAUCUUACACCUCCUCCUCCGUCUCUAACGAAUCAGGUUCUGGAUCAGAAACAGACUCUCAGGCGACUCAGACGGAUAGAGUGCCUGAGGAGAAAACAGCAGAGGGUGAAAAGGAGGCGACUCCUCCAGACCCGCACCUGUCUCAGCCUCUGGACUACUUUGGGGAGAACCUCGCGUUUAUCGAUGAGUCUUCGGACACUCAGAGCUGUAAACUGCACCUGGACCCUCUGCUGGAUACGUCGCUACCCAUCUCUGCACGUUCUCGCCAUCCCAAGAGGAGACGCCACAGGAGACCUGUUCCACCGAGAAGCCCGAGAGGGAACCGCUCCAACCCGGCCAGGAGGGAACCCAACGGAAACCCAAAACCGGUUCCAAAUCUACCAAAUCCACCACUGAAGCCUUAAGACGGGAGCUGAAUACAGACAAUGCAAACGCUGGCCCGAGUAUUGACUCGCGCGAUAUGAGACGUGUUCAGCGGAGUUUCUCAGCGUUCUCAGCAUUUUAUUUGUGUACAUGUACUUGCUUGUCAAAAUCCUGCUGCAGAAGCCUUAGCCCACUUGUGGUUUUGCAUUUAAAUGCUCUAAGCAUGCGAGUGUGUAUGCCUCAGUCACAUAUGAUGCUGUGAUUUUUAUGCCAAUGUUCCCAUUACUUUUCUGAGGAGUUACUGCUCUCUGUUGGGCCGAGGGCAGAACUGCACUUCCUCUCUCUCAACACAAAGUCUCCAGCCUUUUACUAAUCCAAUGAGGAGAGGUUUCAUUUGGUCCGAGACAGUUUCUCUUUAAUCCUGCCAACAGUUAAACGGGUACUAAACACGCUCUUGUACAUUUUUCUUUUGGUAUUUAAGAAAAGUUUUUUUUUUAAAUACAAUGUACAGCCAUAAUAUUUGCAUUUUGAUGGCCAAAUGCACUAAUCCCACUGUACUGCAUCUAUGUAAUAAAGAUUUUCUUUUUUUAAAUGAAAGCAAA